GCGGCUACCUCCCGCUCGGAAGGUCCCCAGUGUGCACUCCUUCAGCGGGCCUUGGGGGAAGAUGGCGGCCCUGGGGGACGGUCAGGAGCCCCCUCAUGUCCUGUCCCCGGUCAGUUUCGAGUCACCCGGGACACCUGGAGCCCACCACCAUGAAGCCCAACUUCACCUCCACCUCCACGGUCAUCAACAUGGCUUCCCCAGCAGCAGCCCUGAGGUGCCCUCCCAGCCCCCACAGGAGCAGGAGCCGUCAGACCUGGACUUCCAGGAGGUGGCAGAGGUCCAGAUCUGCAGAGACACCUGCUGGUCAGGUUCUGAGUCGGAGCCGGAGCAGGCCCCGUCGUCUCCCCGCCAGCACGAUCCUGUAGACGAGGUGCACCAGGCCGAGGGCGUGCUAAGGACCCUGCUGAGGAGCCUUCCCCGCAGACCUAGUGGUGGGGAUCGCUUUGGGCAGGAGCCCAGCCUGGAGCAGCCAGCAGGCCAGCCACCGAGGGCCGGGCCCCGUUCCCAGAAGAGAGGCACCUGGAUCGGGUCGCAGGGGGCCUCCGAGACGGAGAGCAGCCCGGGGCGCACAGCCGAGCUGGCGGGCGGCUUGAGCCGGGGCUCAGGCCUCGGGACCCAGCAGGGUGGCCCGCGGGGUGGGAAGCCGCACAGGUGCGAGGCCUGCGGCAAGAGCUUCAAGUACAACUCGCUCCUGAUGAAGCACCAGCGCAUCCACACGGGCGAGAAGCCCUACGCCUGCCACGAGUGCGGCAAACGCUUCCGCGGCUGGUCGGGCUUCAUCCAACACCACCGCAUCCACACGGGCGAAAAGCCCUACGAGUGCGGCCAGUGUGGCCGCGCCUUCAGCCACAGCUCACACUUCACGCAGCACCUGCGCAUCCACAAUGGGGAGAAGCCAUAUGAGUGCGGCGAAUGCGGCCAGGCCUUCAGCCAGAGCUCCAACCUGGUGCGGCACCAGCGGCUGCACACGGGCGAGAAGCCGUACGCCUGCAGCCAGUGCGGCAAGGCCUUCAUCUGGAGCUCGGUGCUCAUCGAGCACCAGCGCAUCCACACGGGUGAGAAGCCCUACGAGUGCCCCGACUGUGGCAAGGCCUUCCGCGGCCGCUCGCACUUCUUCCGGCACCUGCGGACCCACACCGGUGAGAAGCCCUUCGCCUGUGGCACCUGCGGCAAGGCCUUUGGGCAGAGUUCCCAGCUCAUCCAGCACCAGAGGGUCCACUACCGGGAGGCCCCCCGCGGGUCCCCCACCCACAGCUUCCGAGAGCUCCGGGAAGUGCUGGCGGCGCGGGGCGGCCCACGCUGCGGGUCCCUCGGCCCUGCGGCCCGGCUGGCGGUGGACGCGGUGUCACGGCCGGCCCCCUCGGGCCUUCCUCCCACAGUCCACACGACCCCUGACCGCAGAGCUGCGUCCCUCAGAGUGAGGAGGAGAUUCCAGGGCAGGAAACCCCAGAAGAGGCAGAACCCCAGUGCGUCCAGGGGACAAACGCCUCAAGUCUCCUGUGGCGGGGCCAGGGACCUGCUGGCCUGUGCAGAAGCCAUCAGUGUUCCCAGCUGGCAGGGCUGCCACAAGAGACCUGCCCACACCAGGCGAUUCCUGGGGAGGAGAGGAACCAAGACCUUGAGAUGGGAAGCAAAGCCAGCCUCACCGCCAGCCUGUGACACGCCAGGGAGACUGCACAACAGGGAGGUUGGGAGCGACGAGCCCGGCUGUUUGAGCCACUCCAAGUCCAGCAGGCGUGGGGAGCCCCAGCCCGGAAGCCAGCUCUCCACCAGCCUGUGGGACCCAAGGCCUCCCCGCACGGGCCGAGGCCUGGAGCGGCAGAAGCUUCCAGUUAGGGAGAAGCCUCACCAGUGUGGCCAGUGUGUGCAGGAGGAUUUUCGGGUGGACAUCGGACCAGAGGAUCCACACUGGCAAGAAGCCAUCUCGUGUAGCCAGCGCGGGAAAGCCUUUACGCACAGCUCCCAGGUCACGCAGCCCCCGCAGUUCCACAGCAGCGAGAAGCCCGUUGCGUGUCCGUGGUGCAGCCCUUCCUUCAGCCAGAGCUCCAGCCUCACUCAGCACCAGCCGGGCCACCCCAGGGAGGAGCGGUAUGCCUGCCAGGAGUGCGCGGUGCCUUCAGCAUUAGCGCCUUCCUCAGCGAGCAUCCACACCGGGGAAAAGCCCUCUGAGUGCAGCCGCACCUUCAGGGCCCUGUCGGACUUCUUCCUGCACCAGAGGGUCCACAGUGCGGAGAAGCCUUUCGCUGUGCUGAGUGAGCAGGGCCUUCCUCUGAGCUCUCACCUGAGCCAGCGCAGAGUUCCACUGGCUCCCCCUGGCAAGCGGGACCGGAGGUUGCGGCAAGGCGGCAGCGCCCUCUCACUCGCCCGGAGAUCUGACGAACAUGCUGUUGAAACGAGCUCCGUGGUCCCCCUGACGGCAGCCCUGAGAAAGGGCAGCCGAGUGCCGGUCCUCCGGCGCCUAGAGCGUCACCGGAACUGCCUGCGCCGCCUGGGUGGGCGCUGCUUCCCGCGAGCGGAGGGGCUCCGGGGGUCCCACUGUUGGCAUUUCUGCAGGAAGCAGCAAACAGAGCCCGGCCUGGGUCUCCAGACCACCACGGAGAGUGCUGGCCUGAUGGACAAAAGCACAGCUUACCAGGCUUCCUGCUGUGCAGCUUCAGCAGCUGAGCAUGGGGCUCACAGUGCAGAGCUGAUGCCUCAGCAGGCAGCCCUGAAAGAAGGGGGCCAUGGAGAGGCCACACCAGGACUGUUACAGGGUCCUUCCUGGACACUGGGGCUUCCAGACCCUUGUGGGAAUGAGGAAGCUGCAGAGAGACCCAGAGGUUCCCCUCGGGGACAUGAGGUUCAUGAGGACAGAGUGUCCAGGUCAGAGGUCACCCUGAACACAGCGUCGGCAGUAGAUGGGAGAGGCCCCUGGAAAGGGCGGCCUUACCGAUGCAGCACCUGUGACAGGAGCUUCAAAUGCUAUUCAGACGUGGUGAAGCACCAGAGCAUUCACUCUGGGGAGAAGCCCUACGAGUGCAGUGACUGCGGGAAAGCCUUCAUCCACAGCUCCCAUGUCGUCAGGCACCAGCGCAUUCACAAUGGGGAGAAGCCUUACAUCUGUAAGGAGUGUGGGAAAGCCUUCAGCCAGAGCUUCAACCUCAUCAGACACCAGAGGAUCCACACAGGAGAGAAGCCAUAUGAAUGUGCUGAGUGCGGCAAGUCCUUCAGUCAGAGGUCAGACGCUAUGAAGCACCAGAGGAUUCACACAGGGGAGCGGCUCUAUGAGUGCAGCGAGUGCGGGAAAACCUUCAUCCACAGCUCAAACGUCAUCCGGCACCAAAGGAUUCACCACAGAGAGAACCCCUAUGAAUGCAAAGAGUGUGGGAAAGCCUUCAGCCAGAGCUCCAACCUCAUUCAGCACCAGCGAGUCCACACAGGGGAGAAGCCCUAUGCCUGCCAGGAGUGCGGGCGCGCCUUCAGCCGCAGCUCCUUCCUUAGUGAGCACCGGCGCAUCCACACUGGGGAGAAGCCCUAUGAGUGCGGCGAGUGCGGCCGCUCCUUCAGGGCCCUGUCAGGCUUCUUCCGGCACCAGAGGAUCCACACCGGGGAGAAGCCCUUCCGCUGUGCGCAGUGUGGCAGGGCCUUCCGCCUGAGCUUUCACCUUAUCCAGCACCAACGGGUUCAUACGGGAGAAAGGCCCUUCAAGUGCGCUCAGUGUGGGAAGGCAUUCUGUCACAGCUCAGACCUGAUCCGCCACCAGCGGGUCCACACCCGCGAGAGGCCCUUUGAGUGCAAGGAGUGCGGGAAGGGCUUCAGCCAGAGCUCAUUGCUCAUCCGGCACCAGAGGAUUCACACAGGGGAGCGGCCGUACGAGUGCAAUGAGUGCGGCAAGGCCUUCAUCCGGAGCUCCAGCCUCAUCCGGCACUUCCAGGUCCACACAGAGGUGAGGCAGUACGAGUGCCAGGACUGUGGCAAGGCCUUCCGCCACCGCUCAGACCUCAUUGAGCACCAGAGGAUCCACACCGGGGAGCGGCCCUUCGAGUGCAACGAGUGUGGCAAGGCCUUCAUCCGGAGCUCAAAGCUCAUCCAGCACCAGCGCAUCCACACCGGGGAGCGGCCAUACGUCUGCAACGAGUGUGGGAAGCGCUUCAGCCAGACGUCCAACUUCACACAACACCAGAGGAUCCACACCGGGGAGAAGCUCUACGAGUGCAACGAGUGCGGGAAGGCCUUCUUCCUGAGUUCCUACCUUAUUCGACACCAGAAGAUCCACACCGGGGAGAGGGUGUACGAGUGCAAGGAGUGUGGGAAAGCCUUUCUCCAGAAAGCACACCUCACUGAGCACCAGAAGAUCCACUCUGGGGACAGGCCCUUCGAGUGCAAGGACUGCGGGAAAGCCUUUAUUCAGAGCUCAAAGCUACUCCUGCACCAGAUUAUUCACACUGGAGAGAAACCCUAUGUGUGCAGUUAUUGUGGGAAAGGCUUCAUUCAGAGGUCCAACUUCCUUCAGCACCAGAAGAUCCACACUGAGGAGAAACUCUACGAGUGUAGUCAGUAUGGGAAAGAGUUCACCCCACCCCCAGACUUUAACAGCAGUCAGGAGGCUCCCCAGGAGGGCCUUCCCUUGAGUCAGACAGCCGUACACUUGGGGGAGACGUGUGGAGGCCUGGAGGGGCAUACAGACUUCUAAUUAUCCUCUGGCUCACUUAGUGAUGCUGGAAACAAGUGGCAAGGGCCCUGACUCAUGAGGCUUUGGAGGAGUCAGCAUUUUCCAUUGUCAUGGACGGGCGGGGCUGCCACCUCUCACUUGGCCACAGUGGGGCCUGCUGUCCUCUGUUGGGAGAACAUGCAGGAGAGCCACACAGUUGGACAGCUGACAUGGAGCUGGAUCAGUUAUGGGAGAGCUGUGGGUGUGGGAGGGAGGAGCUUGGCCUUAGGGGAAGAAGAUUCUCUUCCACUGCACAAUAACAAUUCACCCUUGAGUUAAAUCCCUUUUAAAGCAGAGUUACGUAUCUAAUUUUAUAACUUUACAAGAGUGUUCCUCAGCCAUUUUUGAUCUGUCAGAAAGGCAAGCUAGAGAAAGAUAACUUUCUUACCUAAAACCACAACUUGGUUUUCCUGUGGUCCUUAGGAGAAAUUCCGGACGCCCUGCCUUGCAUCCAAAGGCUUCCUGGAGCCUCAUCUGCCCCCAGUUCACUCCAGGUUGCAGAGGUAGCACCAACUGCUGGACGUGCCCCCUCAUCCGGGUGCUCCUGCCUCCCAGCUGAGGCCCAAGUGCCCCCUCUCAUCUGGCUGAUGACCCAUCCUAAGUCAAGACCCAUCCCAAGCUGCGUGUUGGGCUCAGCCCGCUACCCCUCUGCUGCUUCUGAUCCUCGGUGGCCAUUCGCCUCAUUACUGUUCUUGCUCUGAUUGUUGUGUGUGCUUUCUCACUGUUAAGGACCGUGAGUGUAUCUCAUGAUUUGUGUGUCCCUGGUAUCUGGAGCAGGGCAAUAAAAAGCACAGCCAAGUGUGCACUUGGCACCUCUCUUGCUUUGUCCUCUCUACACUGUUAUUUAAAACAUUUAAAAAUUUUUUUCUUGUCAUUGCUUUUUUGUUUUGUGACAGUGUAGUCUGCUGGUCUACUGGAAAUACCUCCUCUUCGCCCUGCUGACAUCUCUGUUCAUAAUGCAUUCGACACUUGCAGGCAGUAGCCAGAGUGAGACUGGCCUCUUGUAUGUUUUGCCUUUAGAGUUUGUCUGUGAAUGACUGUCCACUCACUUGGGGGGCUGCGGGGCAGCGCUCCUCUUCACCUGCUGCUGCUGCUGCUGCUAAGUCGCUUCAGUCCUGUCCGACUCUGUGCGACCCCAUAGACGGCAGCCCACCAGGCUCCCCCGUCCCUGGGAUUCUCAAGGCAAGAACACUGGAGUGGGUUGCCAUUGCCUUCUCCAAUGCAUGAAAGUGAAAAGUGAAAGUGAAGUCACUCAGUCGUGUCCGACUCUUUGCGACCCCAUGGACUGCAGCCUACCAGGCUCCUCCAUCCAUGGGACUUUCCAGGCAAGAGUACUGGAGUGGGGUGCCAUUGCCUUCCCUGCAUCUUCACCUAGUGUUCUGUAUGUCUCUUAUUCACUCAGAGGGCACACAGUCCUGAUACACUUCAUGCCUUUCUUCUGUCUUAAUAGUUCCAUGGGUGAGCCCAACUUCUUCCCCCUCUCCCUGUUCUCCAGCUCACUUUGUCACUGAUCUGAAAAUGUAUUGUUCAAAAGGACCAGUGCUAAAUACUUGGAAACCAAGGUGAAUAAGACACCAUCUGUCCUGAAGUCAUCCAUAGUCUGAUGGGGCAGGCAGAAAGGUCAUGGCAGGCUGAGUUCAGUAUUGGAGUUGAAGUAUGUUUCCAACUGUGCAGGGGUGUAGGUCAGGAGGCAGUUACUUUGGUGUGGAUAUGUAAGGCGGCUACAUGGAGGAGGUGACAGUGAACUGGACAAGUAGACACUUGUCACCUAGAGAAGAGGGUGGUCUGGGAGAGACUGGAGAAACAGGAGGCCUGGAGGAUCUCUCUCUGAUCUAAAGCAGGUGAGUUAUAUCACACGGUGGAUAACUGUCUAGCAGAACUGUUAGUUGUUGCAUUUGAAUUUCUUUUAUCUGAACAUGAACCAGUUUUGAAAUGCUGUCAGAAUGUAUUGCCCAUGAGGGCAUAUCUUCAGUUCUUAAAUUCCAGCAACUCUAGAAGCCUUGAGUGGGUAAAGAGCAUAUAGUACUCCAUUGUUGGAAAACUCACCCAUAACAGAUGUUUCAAAUGGUAUAGAAACAUAUUACCAGACCAUUUUAACCAACUUUGGUUGAGGUCCAGUUGCCAUAUAGUAAUACACCCAUUUUAAGUGUACAGAAUUUUGGCAAAUCCAUAUACAUGUGUAACCAUCAUCACACGAAAAACAACACUUCUGUCACCCAAAAAAUGUUCCCUUUUGCCCUUUCCCAGGUCCCACUUCAGGUCCAAGUAAACACUUUGUUAGUAUGCAUUCAUUCUGCCUGUUGCAGGACUUCACAUAUGGAUUCAUAUGGCAUGUAAUCCUGUGUGUCUGACUUCUUCCACUUUGCCAUGUUUUAAAGACUAAACCAAGUAGCUCUGUGUUUCCAGAGCUGUUUGUGAGUAGUAGUCCAUUGUAUGGGUGAGGGUGAACAUCAUUUAUUAUUCAUUCA